AGGCAAUUCAACCCACAGAGGCAAAUAAAGCUAUUGAGGCAGCUAAACCAAUUGAGGCAAAUAAACCAAUUGAGGCAGCUAAACCUGUGCAGCAUGUGAACCCAGUCCAUGUGAAGCAGGUUCAGGCCAACAGACAGGUUGAUGUCACUACUAAGCCUUUCGCUAAGAACUUUGUGCGCCCUCUAUUGCCAGUGGACCCAGUGGUUAAUGGAGGGGAGGUGCAUGGAUUACGGGAUUCACAAGCUUUUCAUGAUGAUGAGAAAGUGCAGCCUAGAGUUACAGCCAUGAGUUGGGACCCGCAUCUACUUCUGAAAGAGAUGUACACCAUCAAGUUAGAAGAUGAAUGUGCCAAUGACGUGUCAUCACAUAUUAUCAAUAUGGAGGGUUACAUGGAAAAACUCCCACUUAAUAAGAAAAAGGCAACUCUGCUGAAAACCUGGAAGAGACGGUUCUUCAAAGCCCAAGAUGGCCGUCUGCAUUAUUAUGAGAAUGAUGCUGGUGUGAAAGAACAUGGAGAGAUCAAUUUAAUGGGAGGUCAGGUUGAUGGACUUGGAGGUCGAAUGAUUGGCAUUGAUGAUGGGAGAGGUAGAUACAUGAUCACCAGGUGUCCCACUGACAAGGAAUACAAUGAGUGGAUGAUUUCCCUAGAGUCUCAGACCAUAGACAACACACACGCUACAUACGUGAAACCUGUCAUCAAAUCUCUACAUCACCCCUCUAAGAAAGUGUUGAUUAUAGACCUUGGAAGCUGUUCCAUUAGGGCUGGGAAACUUGGCAAUGAACCAUCCCUACCUGAGGUGUUUUUCCCAACUAUCAUUGCAAAGAACAAACAAACUGGGGAACUAGUUUGUGGCGCAGAUGCAUACAAACCAGCAAUUCGGUCCAACAGUGACAUCAUUCACCCAAUCAGACCUUCUCAUAAAGUUGAUAAGAAAUCCCCAAGUCCAUUUAAUAUUGACAUGCAGUUGAUGCCAGCACUCUUUAAGAAGGUGUUCACUGAGCUGGCAGUAAACCCUAGAGAAUACUGGGUGUUGCUGAGUGCUCCCCAGAAUCUGAGUACUCCUCUGAUGAGUCAAUUAAUGGCACUGCUGGUGGAGGAGAUGGGGGUCCUGGGGGUGAACAUUGUCAGUCAGUUCCUCCUCUCGCUUUACUCCUACAAUGCUACUUCAGGCAUCCUGGUUGAUGUGGGGGAUAGGUUCGAUAUUGUACCCAUCAUUGAUGGGUAUAUCAUAGAGAAGGGUGUGUCCAGGAAGCCCUAUGGUGGAGCUAGAAUAGCUGAGGCUUUGAAUUCGUCACUGACUGAGAACAAAUACAGAUUCUUCACGGAGGUUGAGAAACUUAUAGUCAGACAUGUCAUGGAGAGGUCCUGCUACAUGGCUGUAGACUACAAGAAGGAAGUGAAGAAUUUCUCCAUGUUACCAGGUGACUUCAAGGCCACAGUUGACCUGAGUCAGUUUGAUAUUCCAGAGGGCAUGUGGAGUUCUGUGUCGCAUGACGUGAGUAGAUUCCGUGCCCCCGAGGGUCUCUAUGAUGUAGAUUCCUGGGGUAUGGACAACCAAGGACUCCAUAAGUUGGUCAAUGAGGCCAUCAAUGCCAGCCCCAUGGACACAAGACGAGAGAUGUGUCGUAGCAUCUUCCUUAGUGGGGGAGGUACACUUUACCCAGGAUUUGCUGAGCGCCUACAGAAGGAGAUCACAAAGCUCAUGCCAGAAUCUAUAACAGUACAGGUCCACGCCUCCCCACAGCGAUACCACUCUGCCUACAUAGGGGCCUGUGUCCUGGCCAACCUAGGUGUAUUUGAAACUGCAGCUAUAUCACGUAAAGAUUGGUUUAAAGAUGGUGCAAAACUACUACGAAAAUGGCAGAACUAUUAAACAAUUGGACCAGUGCAACAGAGGGCAUAAAAUCGCAAACUGAUUCUCAUGUUGGAGACAGGGAUGUUUAUAUUAGCAAUAUUAGCAAACACCUUGAACAUGUAGUUAAAUGAUAAACGUGUACAUGUCUUUCAUGUAUGCUAAGAAAUCGAGUACAUUGUACAGUAAAUGAAAUUUAACACCUCUGCUAGUGGAACUCCUUUGCAAAUGGAAGGCUCUCGAUCUCAGAUUCUGAUGACCCAUUGACUUAAUGUUCAUUGAGCCUCUAUAACUAGAACAUCUAAGUGUAUUACUUCUAAGCAGAACCAAGGCUGUUCCAUUUGCACCAGUUUUACUGUUUAUGCACACAAAUAAGUCAUCAAUAUUCUGAGAGACAUGUGAUUUGG